AUGCCACAAUUAGUACCUUUUUAUUUUUUAAAUGAAGUAGUAUUUACUUUUACUAUAAUUACAAUUAUUUUAUAUAUAUCAUCUAAAUAUAUAUUACCUAGAUUCGUACGUUUAUUUUUAUCACGUACAUUUAUAUCUAAACUUUUUGAUAAUAAAUAA